GGAUCAUUAUACUAAGCUACUGUAGCGCGCGUACAUUUACACUCUAACCACUUUAUUGAGCUGCGCCUCCGAGCAGACCUUCGACAUCAUACACUGCCGUACACUCACUGUUUCUGCAUAUACUGUGUAAGAAUAAGGAAGUGCCCGUGUGCGUAAUCCUGGCAGAGUACAGAACACACAGGAAGCAGCGAGCUUUCGUUUUCAAAGCUGCAAACUUUUUUUUUCUUACUAUACUUCUUCUUUUUAGAAACUUUUUUAAUCCUGCAGGUUUUGUUCGACUACAGUACGAUAGUUCACGCAAUUAAAGAUCAUGGACCAGCUGAAGUCCGAGCAGGACAAACUCUGUACGUGGCCUUCAGCGUCACCCACACCAACUGUGUUCACUGACGGGAGCAGUGUUGUUACUGCCAGACAGAUAACAAAUGUAAAAGGGAAAUCCCUUAACAUGAAGAUUGAAACAAUGAGGGAUCCAGGAAGUCGUACGACUGGAGAUGCUGUGGGACCGGUUCCCCAUGCAGAUUACAUUGCAUGUGAUGCCAGCGUCAGCUGUGCUGAUAAUAUAUCUGGUGUCACUAUUGACGGUGAUAUAGAUAUGUCAGUGUCUGUGAAAACAUCACAAGUACAUGCAGGAACAGUGGAUGAAACACUGCCAUCCUCUCAGGGCCCCGCUGUGAAAAUGAUCAUUGAGCACAAGGUGGAACUCAUUGACUGCCUGAUGGCGGAUGACGUCUUCAUUCUGCAGCAUGUGCACGCCAAACGUAUCAUCACAGACAGAAAUUAUCAGCGUUUGAAACAUAUCUCACAGCCAGAAAAAACUGUUAUUAACCUGAUCGAUCUAGUGAUUGCUAAAGGUCAAGGACCCUGCACUCUUUUUCUUGAAGUUCUCAAAGAGCCUGAUAUUCUCAUGACAUAUCCACAGCUCAGAAAAUUACCAAUAAUUAUUGCUCAGCAAUAGUGGAAGCAAUGUCUAAGCUGCUAUUGGUUUGUAAUUGAAACAGACUUUGUCUGCUAACUUGGAUGUGAAGAUAUAUUGACCAAAACACAUGAGUGAUAUUAUUUCUUGAACUUUAUUGUGUAACUGCCAAUUUUUCUGAUAAAAAUAUUUUAAACAAU